AUGUCGAGCCUGGCGUCGUUCUGCGGGCGUCGGCUUGCUCCUGUCGGUUCUGCGCAGUGCGCAGCGACGGAAUCGCCGUCGUUUGUCUCCCGCUGUCGCUCUUUCUCCUUCUCUUCACACUCGAACACCGCGACAAGCUCUCUUCUCCUCAACGACCCCUUCGCCUGUCGCACCAGUCUCGCCGACACCAUGAGGGCAGUCGCAGCCUGCCUGCUGCUCUCUUCGCUGGCUCUCGCCGCCUCGCCACACCUUGGGGAUUCCACCCUCGCUACUGCCGUCCCGCCGUACGACAACGCCGACGCACAGAAGCAGCCCGUCGUCGAGCGCAAGUUGGCCGAGCAGGAGGAGGCGCUCAACGACAUCAUCGAGAUUCUCAAGCUCGAAGCUGCUGCCGCUGCGAUGACCGAGUCGCACUCGCAGUUGCCGCUCGUUGCUGAGGCAAUGAACCCCGAGGACUCGCCCGACGCUGCUGAGGCGGACGACAUGGACUUUGACGAGGACCUCACUGCUCUCGUCGCCGAAGCGGCCGACCCCGAGGACAUCGACGUCGACAAGGACUUUGCUUACAUUCCCUACGAAGACUUCAAGCCUGACACGCACGACUUCGACGCAACGCUCACCGACCUCGCCGACCCGGACUUCGAGGCGUUCCCUCCGCCUCCCGAGCGCAACGACCGCCCAUUUCCGCGCCCUUCCCGCGGCCCUCCGAAGGAUAAGCACGACCGCCACCGUCCUGACUUCCCUGAUAAUCCGGAGUACCGUUUCCCUCAUCCAUCUCCUCCUCCCGACCGCGACAUGCCCUUCCCGCCUCCUCCCCGCAUGGGCCGCCGUCCGCCGCCUCCCCCUCCGUUCGGGCGUCGUCCGCCUGGUCCUCCCCCGCACGACCGUGAGCGCCAUCCUGGACCUCCGCCCCGGCGCGGAGAGGAAGAUGGCUUCCCUCCCGGUCGUCCGCACAAGCACCACCGACUCGAGCACGACGAGCAUGAGCACGAGCCGCACCACCACCGCCACAAGGGCAAGAAGCACCAUCGUCACUCGUUCUUCUCAACCGCUCGCCACGCCUUCUUCGCUUUCCGCGACAACAGCUUCUUCGACCUUGCUUGGACGUUCACGAAGCUCGUUAUGAUGGCGCUUGUUGGGAGGGAAGUUGUCCGCAUGUGGCGUGAGAUGAGGGAGGGGAGGGUGAGGCUUGACGAGGAGGAGGACAGGAGGGAGGAGUUGCCGGCGCCUGUCACCCAGGAGAAGGCGUGA